UCCAUGUCUCCUUUAUAACCUAGAUAUAUUUGGAGGGGAAAUGACAUGUUGUCACAUACAGCUUGAGUACUGCGGUCCGCUCAGCCUCAGGUGUGUUUCAUUGUACAUUUAUACGCACUUAAUUUAUGUCUCUGAGUUGCCGAUAGUGUAUGGUUGAACAUGCCCUGUGAUAGACUGCCGUUCCAGCCGGGGUGGAUCCCUGCCUCAGCUUUAUGCUGCCUGGGACAGACUCCAAGCGCCGCCCCGUGAGUCUAACCAUGGAAAGCACAAUGAAACCAUAAAUUUAUGAUUUGGAUACAUGAUGGAAACAGAUGACUAAAGACAUAAGUCACCCGGCCCACAUUCACGCUGUGAACCUCCACACAGCUCGCUGCCCCUGGUACCACGGGGUAAGCAACACUCACGGUAAACACGCUGGGUGACUUUGAGGAAAGAAUACAGGGUACGGGCUGAUAGCACAUUGUUCCAAGGGGAAGGACGCGGUCAGGGUCGUACUUUGCUGUUAUUCUUAUUCAAACACGGCGCUGAUUAAACAGUGAGCUUAACUUCUGCUGCUCAGAGUCCAGCAUUUCGGUGGUAUUGCUCCUCAGCCCUGCCUUUACAGCUCCUCCUGUGCCUCACAACUGAAAUGGCAGCCACGCUUGCAAACAUGACGCAGCAGCUGGGCGAUUUGCUGGGCCGCUCACUGGGCCAGUACUUGGACCACUGGAGACUGAACGUCACACAGGCGCAGAAGGCCCUAAACCAGCGGCUGGCAGAGGAGAACUUCCAGGAUGUCAUCUGGUACCUCAUGGUGAUGAUAGGCAUGCUGGCCUUCAUCAUUGUGGCCAUGCUUGUCAGCACAGUCAAGUCCAAGCGUCAUGAGCACUCCGGAGACCCUUACCACAAAUACAUCGAAGGAGACUGGACCACGGCCCUCAAUAACCAGUACAACAAAGCCAGCUACCUGAAGUCCAACCCCAUUGCCCAGAGCUACUCUCCAUGACAGGUUCUGUAUGCAGUUUCACAUUGGCUUUGGGACAUCUGAACUAAUCUGAUAUCACACGAUGUAACAGCAGUGAUCCAAAAAUCCAUGCAAACA